UGAUGAUCAGUGUAGCCCCAGCAGUGCCACCUCUCAGUGUCCAUCAGUGCCAGCUGUCAGUGCUCAUCAAUGCCACCUGCCAGUGCCCAUCAGUGCCACAUCAAUGCCACAUAUCAGUGCCUACCAGUGCAUAUCAAUGCCACAUAUCAGUGCCCAUCUGAGCUGCCUUUCAGUGUUACCUAUCAGUGCCAGUCAGUGCCACCUAUCAAUGCAAGUCAGUGCUACCUAUCAGUGCUGCCAAUCAGUGCUGGCUAUCAGUGCACAUCAGUGCUGCCUAUCAGUGCCCGUCAGUGCUGCCUAACAGUGCCAGUCAGUACCAUCUAACAGUGCCAGUCAGUGCCACAUAUCAGUGCCAGUCAGUGCCGCCUAUCAGUGCUACCUCAUCAGUGCCACCUACCAGUGCCAUAUAUGAGUGCUGCCUUUCAGUGCUCAUCAGUGAUGCCUGUCAAUGCCCAUCCGUGCCACCUACCAGUGCCUCCUCAUCAGUG